GGCCCCGGCCGGCCGAGUAGCCAUGGGCGCAGCGGUGCCGGGCCCCCCGAGAGCCGAGGCCUCCGGCCGGAGUCGGGGACGCCCGGGCUGCCAGCCCCGCUGACACCGCCUCGGACGAUGUGAGCCGGCUUCGCCGCCGCUGCUUCUCUGCUUCGCGGGCAGGGCGCGCGCUCCCACCGGCUCUGGCCGCCGCUUUUCUAAUUUGGAUAGGGGCGACCGUACCAGGCCGCUAGGGCUUUUGAAGGGGGACUGGCUGUCUUUGGCAGCUUGAUUGGGGGAGGCGACCCACACAGGGCGCUUGGAGAUUGUUUCCCCCAUUUUUUUUUUUUUUUUUUAGCGAGAUUAACUGUUUAGGGCAGCCUGGUUUAGGGGGAACCCAAAAAAAGGCCUUUCGGGGGUUAUUUUUUCUGGGGGAGGGGACGGUGGUCCCGACUUGGCCAGCCGCCUGUUGGAGGGGGUAAAUGGGGAGCGGGGGUAUGCGAACCCAGCUCCCCCCACCAUGAUGAAGACGGAGCCGCGGGGGCCCGGGGGUCCCCUCCGGAGCGCCUCCCCGCACCGCAGCGCCUACGAGGCGGGCAUCCAGGCGCUGAAGCAGCCUGACGCGCCCGGGCCCGACGAGGCACCCAAGGGGGCCCACCACAAGAAAUAUGGCUCCAAUGUCCACCGCAUCAAAAGUAUGUUCCUGCAGAUGGGCACUACGGCGGGGCCGCCGGGCGAGGCGGGUGGCGGCGCGGGCCUGGCUGAGGCCCCGCGGGCGUCGGAGCGCGGCGUGCGCCUGUCGCUGCCGCGGGCCAGCAGCCUGAACGAGAACGUGGACCACAGCGCUCUGCUCAAGCUGGGCACCAGCGUGUCGGAGCGCGUGAGCCGCUUCGAUUCCAAGCCCGCGCCCUCCGCGCAGCCCGCGCCGCAGCCGCACCCGCCGUCCCGGCUGCAAGAGACGCGGAAGCUGUUUGAACGAAGCGUCCCUGCGGCUGCAGGCGGCGACAAGGAGGCCGCGGCGCGGCGGCUGCUGAGGCAGGAGCGCGCCGGCCUGCAGGACCGGAAGCUGGAUGUCGUGGUGCGCUUCAACGGCAGCACCGAGGCUCUGGACAAGCUGGACGCCGACGCUGUGUCUCCGACGGUCAGCCAGCUCAGCGCAGUCUUUGAAAAGGCCGACUCGAGGACCGGCCUCCACCGCGGGCCGGGACUCCCCAGGGCCGCGGGCGCAGGGGCUCCCCCGUUCAACUCGAAGCUGGUCAGUAAGCGGUCUCGGGUGUUCCAGCCGCCUCCACCGCCGCCCGCCCCGUCGGGGGAUGCCGCAACCGAGAAGGAUCGCGGCCCCGGAGGGCAGCAGCCCCCGCAGCACCGAGUGGCCCCCGUCCGACCGCCCCCCAAGCCCCGGGAGGUGCGGAAGAUUAAGCCUGUGGAGGUGGAGGAAAGCGGGGAGUCAGAGGCCGAGUCGGCUCCGGGAGAAGUGAUCCAGGCCGAGGUGACGGUCCAUGCGGCCCUGGAGAAUGGCAGCACCUUGGCAACCACAGCCAGUCCCGCGCCCGAGGAGCAGAAGGCCCAAGCGGCACCCGAGGAGGUGGCGGCACCAGAGAGGGGGCUGGGCAAUGGCAGGGCCCCGGACGUGGCCCCGGAGGAGGCAGAUGAGUCCAAGAAGGAGGACUUCUCAGAGGCGGACUUGGUGGACGUGAGCGCCUAUAGUGGGCUCGGGGAGGACUCUGGGGGCAGUGCCCUGGAAGAGGACGAUGAAGAAGACGAGGAGGAUGGGGAGCCCCCCUAUGAACCCGAGUCGGGGUGCGUGGAGAUUCCCGGGCUCUCGGAGGAAGAGGACCCGGCCCCGAGCCGGAAGAUCCAUUUCAGCACAGCACCGAUCCAAGUGUUCAGCACCUACUCCAAUGAGGACUACGAUCGUCGCAAUGAGGAUGUGGAUCCCAUGGCAGCCUCUGCUGAGUAUGAGCUGGAGAAGCGGGUGGAGAGGUUGGAGCUGUUUCCUGUGGAGCUGGAGAAGGACUCCGAGGGCCUGGGCAUCAGCAUCAUCGGCAUGGGGGCUGGCGCAGACAUGGGCCUGGAGAAACUGGGCAUCUUUGUCAAGACUGUGACUGAGGGUGGUGCAGCCCAUCGUGAUGGCAGGAUCCAGGUCAAUGAUCUCCUGGUAGAAGUGGAUGGAACAAGUCUGGUGGGAGUGACCCAAAGCUUUGCAGCCUCUGUGCUCAGGAACACCAAGGGCCGAGUGCGGUUUAUGAUUGGCCGGGAGCGGCCCGGAGAGCAGAGCGAAGUGGCCCAGCUAAUUCAACAGACCCUGGAACAGGAGCGGUGGCAGCGGGAGAUGAUGGAGCAGAGAUACGCCCAGUACGGAGAGGAAGACGAGGAGACAGGGGAGUACGCCACUGAUGAGGAUGAGGAGCUGAGCCCCACGUUCCCAGGUGGCGAGAUGGCCAUUGAGGUGUUUGAGCUGGCAGAGAAUGAGGACGCAUUGUCUCCUGUGGACAUGGAGCCUGAGAAGCUGGUGCACAAGUUCAAGGAGCUCCAGAUCAAGCACGCUGUCACUGAGGCAGAGAUCCAGCAGCUGAAAAGAAAGCUGCAGAACCUGGAGCAGGAGAAGGGGCGCUGGCGGGUGGAGAAGGCCCAGCUGGAGCAGAGCGUGGAGGAGAACAAGGAGCGCAUGGAGAAACUGGAGGGCUACUGGGGUGAGGCCCAGAGCCUGUGCCAGGCUGUGGAUGAGCACCUACGGGAGACCCAGGCCCAGUACCAGGCCCUGGAGCGCAAGUACAGCAAGGCCAAGCGCCUCAUCAAGGACUAUCAACAGAAAGAGAUCGAGUUCCUGAAAAAGGAGACUGCACAGCGUCGGGUUCUAGAAGAGUCAGAGCUGGCUAGGAAGGAAGAAAUGGACAAGCUCCUGGACAAGAUCUCAGAACUGGAAGGAAACCUGCAAACACUGAGGAAUUCCAAUUCUACUUAACAGGAAUCAUUCCUUGACCGGACAAUAAUUAAUCCCCCUCCCAUUGUCCUCCCUUCCCUGUCCUCAAUACCCUCCCCCUCCCCCUACCAGCCUGGGGACAGGUGCCCCGACUCCCCCAUCCCUCCACCCCACCUCCCCCAGCUUCAGGGACCAGAGGGCCCAUAUACAGGCCCCUUUAAGGUGGCCCGGGCAGACAGAGGUGGCUGGAAGGGCGGCCUCCUUCUUGCCCCAUGGGGCUGAGGCACAGGGGCCAAGGGAUGCCGUGGGCUGGCCUGGGUGGUGGAUGGACACAAAGGACAUGCAGACCAAACUGCCAGACUUUACAACCUCCAGCCUUUGUCUCUGGACUGGAAUGGGGCUGGGGCUCUCCCAGCAUCUCACCAACUGGAGGCUGCUCCCUGCCCAUGGGGCACCUGGGUGGCCCCUGGGCUUCUUGACUUGAGAUUCUACCUUUUUGGCCCUUCCUUCUCCCCCAUCAUUGUGCUGUCUCUGUUGCAUUCUGACCCUCCUGCUUGGGGGGUUGCCUCAACACCCAGCCUGCCCCUAUCCCAGAAGGGAUAGAGUCCACCCCAGAGCUUAAAGGCUGGGCCUGGCCCUGCGUUAUAUAUCCUUCGGGAAAAGGGGAGUUAGAGUAGGAAAAAGGGAGAGUUCAGGACACCUGAUCCCUGACUCCCCUUUCCGGGGGGCAACAACCCUCUAUUUCUCCUUAUGCCUCCCCUCUCCCAGGUGCCAAAUAGCCAUAACCUCCUCCUCAAACUGUUCUGUGGCCUCUCCAAGGUCCAGGUUUCCUGGCCAAGCCUAGGAAUACCAAGGAGAAGAGGAGGUGAGCUUAGGAGUCCUGGCUGCAGAGACCCUGAUCUUAGGCAAAGGGAACAUUUCUCCCUGGAGAGCCAGGCCUGGCCUGCCCCAGGGACACUUGAAAGCCUUGUACUAACAUCGCAGAGAUUCAGCCUCACCCAGCCCCUUUCAACCGUUUUCCAAUGUUUUGAAUGGAGGGCAAAAUUUUACUACUUCUCAUCUUUUUGGAGACCAGGGCUGCCCUGCUGGUAGCCUGCCUUGUAAGUGGAAUUGACUCUGUUUCCCCAGUUUAACCCCAAAUUGGGGCUUGGACCAAGGGAGGUGAGACCCCCCGCAGGUCUCCUCCCCUUUCAGAAUCCAUCUCAUCUUCCCACUUCAUGCCCUGUCCCAAGCCUUGGUUUUUGUUCAUUUUUUUAAAAACCACCAACGCCGUCCUAUCUGUUCUGGCUUCUUUUUGUCCCUGUAAAUAGACCAUGCCAUCGAUCAGUAUUUCUUGCCUCCCCUUUCUGCCCCCAGACGUGCCCCCACCCCCUGAAAGAGCUGGCUGUCUUGUGCCCCGGCCCAUGCCCUCCACCCUGGCAGAUGGAGGGGGCGGGGCCGCAGGGCAUUUCCGGUUUCCUGGGCCAGCGGCCACCCCUGCCCAGCCCUCCGGAGGACCGCGUCUCUGUAUAUAAUAUAUAUAUGUAUGUAUUGUUCCUGGUUUUGUACGGCCCAUGCCCUCUGUCAGGUCAUCCCCAUAAAAGCAGCCCCCAGA